CCUCUGUCUGCCUGACGUUGCGGCCCUGCCUGAACGGGGGGAAGUGUAUCGAGGACUGCAUCACAGGGAACCCCUCCUACACCUGCUCCUGCCUGGCCGGCUUUACUGGGAAGAGGUGCCAUGUUGAUGUGGAUGAGUGUCUCUCCCAUCCGUGUCAGAAUGGAGCCACCUGCCUCAACGGUGCCGGCAUCUUCAGCUGCAGGUGCCCGCCCGGCUUCAGAGGUGCCAGCUGUGAGGCCGAAGAAUUGCCGUGUGAGAGCAGGGUGUGCCAGAACGGUGGGAGGUGCCAGGCAGUGAACGGGACAGCGGCGUGCUUGUGCCAGCCAGGGUACACAGGGGUGGACUGCCAAGCAGAGGUGAAUGAGUGUGAGUCCAGCCCGUGCCUGAAUGGUGGGCACUGCAUUGACCUGGUUGAUAACUAUACCUGUGUGUGCCUGGAGCCCUUCGUGGGACAGCGCUGCGAGACAGACUCAUCUUUCUGUGAGGACCAGAGCUGCCGGAAUCGGCAAACGUGCAACUACAUCCGUCCUGGCCGCUACAUCUGUACCUGCUCCCCAGGUUAUUAUGGCAACAACUGCCAGUAUGGCGGGCCCCGUGUGCCUGGCGCCUGUCUCUCCCACCCAUGCCAGAAUGCGGGCAGCUGCCUGGAGACAGAGCAGGGCUAUGUCUGCGAAUGUCGGGAGGGCUACACCGGGCAGGACUGUCGAGACAAGCUCUCGGAGGGCUGCAAGUGUCGCAAUGGGGGCAGUUGUCUGGAGGGGAAUGUCACCAUCUGCCAGUGCCCACUUGGUUUUUUUGGUCUCCUCUGUGAAUUUGAAGUCACCACCACGCCCUGCAACAUGAACACGCAGUGCCCGGACGGUGGGUACUGCAUGGAGUAUGGCGGGAGCUACCUCUGCGUCUGCCACACUGACUACGGCACCAACCACACAAUGCCAUCCCCCUGUGACUCAGAGCCCUGCCUGAAUGGGGGGUCCUGUGAGGUUCACGAUGACUCGUAUGCCUGCGAGUGUCCUCGAGGAUUCCUUGGCAAGCACUGCGAGAAAGCCAAGCCACGACUCUGCAGCAUGGGGCCCUGUCGCAAUGGGGGCACCUGCAGGGAGGCGGAUGGCGAGUACCACUGCACCUGCCCCUACCGCUUCACUGGCAAGCACUGCGAGAUCGGUAAGCCAGACCCCUGUGCUUCGGGGCCCUGCCAGAAUGGGGGCACCUGCUUCCACUACAUCGGCAAGUACAAGUGCGACUGUCCCCCAGGCUACGCGGGCCGGCACUGCGAGAUCGUGCCCUCCCCAUGCUUCCUCAGCCCCUGUGAGAAUGGUGCUACCUGCGAGGACCUCGGCGGGGGCUAUGCUUGCAUGUGCCCUGUGGGCUACAUAGGGAAGCACUGCCAGUCUGAGGUUGACUGCGGCAUCCCCAGUGAGGUGAAGCACGCUCGGGCCUCUUUCAACUCCACCAAGGUGGGCUCGCUGGCUGAAUACCAGUGUGAGCUGGGCUACUCCCUCAGUCAGCACAACCACCCCCGUGUCUGCCGCUUGCCAGGUGUCUGGAGCGACCCCCCUGAGUGCGAUGAGAUUGAUGAGUGCUGGUCCCAGCCCUGCCUGAACGGUGGCCGGUGCAAGGACCGCAUCGCUGAGUUCCUGUGCUUGUGUGAGCCAGGUUACACUGGCCACCACUGCGAGUCAGAUGUCAAUGAGUGCCAGUUGGAGCCCUGCAAGAACGGUGGGACCUGCCGAGACCUCCCUGGGUCCUUUGCUUGCUACUGUCCUGAGGGCUUUGUGGGGACCCAGUGUGAGACAGAAGUGGACGCCUGUGAGUCAAGCCCUUGCCGAAAUGGAGGGGAUUGCGAGAACUACGGGGGCUCCUACCUCUGCGUGUGCCCAGAGGGUUUCUUUGGCUACCACUGUGAGACAGGUGAGGUGGGCAGGGCCGCUCGGCGUAGGGUGGCUACUUGGCCAGCUGGCACCGCUAACGCCGCUGGGCCUGGCGCCUCUCCCGCAGCCAGCGACCCAUGCUUCUCCAGCCCCUGCGGGAGCAGAGGCUACUGCCUGCCCAGCAAUGGCACCCACAGCUGCACCUGCAAAGUCAGCUACACAGGCAAGAGCUGCGAAAAAGAAUUGCUGCCACCAACCUCAUUAAAGGUGGAAAGGGUGGAGGACACUGGUGUGUUGAUUUCUUGGCAUCCACCUGAGGACGCAGCCGCCAGGCAACUCAUUGACGGCUACGCCGUGACGUACGUAUCCCUCGACGGCUCUUACCGCAGGACAGAUUUUGUGGACCGAAGUCGUUCUGCCCACCAAUUGCGGGCACUAGCCUCCGGCAGAGCCUACAAUAUUUCUGUCUUUUCAGUCAAACGCAACGUGAACAACAAGAAUGAUAUCAGCAGGCCCGUCAUGCUCACCACACGCACUAGACCGCGUCCGGUGGAAGGCUUUGAGAUCACGAAUGUGACGGCCAGCGCCAUCAUGGUGCAAUGGGCUCUCCACCGGCUCAAGCACUCCACCGUCAGUAGGGUGCGUGUCUCCAUCCGCCAGCUGGGGGACCUGGCAGACCGCACCGUGGAGCUGAACAGCAGCGUGGACAAGUAUACCUUUCUGGACCUGCAGCCAGGAGAGAGGUACAUUGUCCAUGUCACAACGCUGAGUGGCCUGGGGACAGAAGAUCACCCCUCAGAGAGUUUGGCCACAGCCCCCUUCCACGUGUGGACGAGGCCUCUCCCCCCCCAAAACCUCACUGCCUCCCGUGUCACCACCACCUCCGUGUCUAUGGCAUGGGAGCAGCCACCUGCCGGCGCUGUGGAGGGGUACAUCAUUAAUGUCACCACCGCUCAGAGUGUGAAGAGCCGCUAUGUGCCCAAUGGGAAGCUCGUGUCCUACACUGUGCGGGACCUGCUCCCUGGGCAGCGGUACCGCCUGUCCGUGACGGCUGUGCAGAACACGGAGCAAGGUCAAGUGCACAGCGAGCCUGUCCACCUCUACAUCACCACCUUGCAGAGGGAUGGGGCUCCGGAGAGACGGUGGAGCCAAGCUGGACACCCCCGGGUCCUGCGCAACAGGCUGCCCCCAGCUUUCCUGCCUGAACUCCGCUUGCUAGCAGAUCACAACACAGCUGAGGAGCCCUCGCCAGCCCCCAGGUUCACCGAGCUGGUGGAUGGCAGAGGGAGGAUCAGUGCCAGGUUUGGCACUCCACUGAGCAAAUCCAUCACUGUGAAGACACAGCCGGAGGCUCCAGUGAACCUGGAGAACAUGGAGGUGUCCAGCCAGGGCAGUCUGGCACUGCAGCUGCGUGACGCAAAGAGCAAGACAGUCUGCAAGAAGGUGCCACACUCGUGCACAAGGCUGUACUCGGAAACCAAGUCAUUCCCUGUGUGGGAAGGAGGCAUCUGCCACUACCUGUACAGGAGAGUCUACAAGAUACACCAGGACAUCUGCUACAAGGAGAGCUGUGAGAGCACUCAUUCAGAGAAGACGACCAGCAGAAAAACAAGCAACAGUCACACACUGAAGAAGCCAUAG